UGCGUUGUUCUUAACUUUACGCAGCCUGGACCUCGCGAUGCUCCUAUACAGUGCUUUAUCAAAAGGGAAAGGGCGACAUCCACUUAUCACCUCUACUUGGGUCUCACUCCAGCCCUGUUGGUUCAGAAUGGAAAAUUGCUGCUUGCUGCUCGAAAGAUCAGGCGAGCCACAAGCACGGAUUUCAUAAUCUCUUUAGAUGCUGAUGAUUUUUCUCGGGCAAGCAAUACAUAUGUAGGAAAAUUGAGGUCAAAUUUCCUUGGCACCAAGUUCACAAUAUAUGACAGUCAACCUCCACAUAGUAGUGCAGUUCUAUCAAACAGAAGAUCAAGUAGAAGAAUCCAUUCAAAACAAGUUUCUCCAAGAGUACCAGCUGGUAGCUACAAUAUUGCUACUAUAGCUUACGAACUUAAUGUCCUUGGAACUCGGGGUCCAAGAAGAAUGCAAUGCACGAUGAAUUCUAUUCCAUUUUCUGCAGUUCAAGAGGGAGGAACGGCUCCAACCCCAAUCGAGUUCCCCAAUGCACUCGAUGAACCUUUCUCACUUCUCUCUGCCACGAAAUCAAAGGACCCCAUAAUAGAUUUCAGCUCAACAAGCCUCUCUGAGCUUCCAAUUUCAUUUCACAGUAAAGAAGAACCUUUGGUUUUGAAGAACAAAGCUCCUAGAUGGCAUGAACAGUUGCAAUGUUGGUGCCUCAACUUUAGAGGUCGAGUUACUGUGGCGUCUGUUAAGAACUUCCAGCUUGUGGCAGCUGUUGAGCCUUCACACCCGAUUUCCAUGGCAGAGCAAGACAAAGUUAUACUCCAAUUUGGGAAGAUUGGAAGGGAUAUCUUUACUAUGGAUUAUCGUUAUCCCCUCUCUGCCUUCCAGGCCUUUGCAAUCUGCUUGAGUAGCUUUGAUACAAAGCUGGCAUGUGAAUGACCACUGACUGACAGAGAAUAUGCACUGAAUUGACAUAGGGCAUGCCUAUUUUUGUCAGUUUCAGAUAACCAGUAUGCCUGAAAUGAGUGAAAUGCUGAUAGCUUUUGCUCCAUUUUUGCUCUUUGGAAGUUGGUCAUCUUAUUAUACUGUGUUUUCUCAUUUUCUGGGCAAGAUGAUCUUCUUUGUGAAGCUUGUAAUGUAAAUAUAUGUUUUACAAGAAGCCACUUGCUCUAUACUAAUCUUCAUCGUUGAGUGCCUCUUGAUGUGCAGACACACUUAAGGAUUUUAGUGGUAACGAUUUUGCUUCUCAUCUAUGGUGCACUGGUUGAGUAAAGUAAAUUAGCGGUUCUCAUGA